CAGCUCUCAUGUUUCUGCUGAUACUGCAGCGUCAAGAAAUGGCUCGAGUUUGCUCCUCGCUCUUAUGCGUUCAGCUGUACUCUCGCUCCUGCCGCACGCGUCCAGCUCCUGCCUCCUCCUGCCUCCGCCGCUGCUGCUGCCGGGACGAGCCAAGACCGACUCCGGGGAUGCGGCUGCAGGGCUGCGGCGCUCUCGGCGCCCGGCUCCUUUUCCAGCUGUCCUAAGGGAAGAGAGCUGGAGAGCCAGCAGCUAUCUAGGACUCCUUGAUUUAUUGACUAACUCAAGCCUUUUGGAAAAGGUACUUUGCACUCUUUUCCACGCACACCCCUCACCCCCCACUGCGGUUCUCAGCAGAAACUCAUUAAACCCACUCGCCCUUGGUGCAGCCUAAGACAGUGUAUGAAUAUUUCAGUGUCUCGCAGGCAGCUGUGUAAAGCGAUCACUGCGUUAUAAAGAGGGACGCAAGAGGAGGAGGAGGAGGGUUAAGUUUGCCACUGCGUUUUUUGUUUUGGUUUGGUUUUUUUUGGAUGCUGCUGCAAGGCGACUUGACGCAUUCCGGCACUGGCUCCUACUCCUAAGCGGCGCGUCUCACCCGGAGCAGGUAAGGAAAAGCCCCUUCUCCGUGACGAUGUUACACUCGAUUUUGGACUGUUUGGGUCUGGGAUGUUGACCUCCCUCCCCUUCUCUCUCUCUCAGUUACCUUUAGCUGUUGCAAAGCAGAAGAGGAGAUGCUUUGCUCUCCCCCUCCUAAUCUCCCCCCAAGUUGGUGUGAUGAAGUUGUCAGUGCUCAGCUAAGUCUCCACAGCAGGGAGCGCGGUGCUCGGGAGACUCCUUGCAGGAGCUUACCCCGCUGAAGUUUCCUGGGAAGCCCUCCCGAUGAGUUCGGGGCACCUUCCUGCCUCGGAGGCCUUGGUGCAUGUCCAGGGAGGUGUAGGAACGCGUAGAACUCCGCAUGUAUUGCUGUAGUGGGCAGAACGGGAUGUUCCUGCUGAUGAAAGCCAAUCCAUUGCGCUUGAGUGUGUGUGUGUAUGUGGAGGGGCUUGGGGGCUGGUUUAUUCUGUUUCUCUCUUCCCCGGCAGCCUCCAUCCUGCAAGCGAGCUUCAUGCCUUCAAAGCAGAGUAUUUCCAUCCCUCCCUCCCCAGCACAAGAGAUGAGAGGACCAGGGCAGUGGUGGUGGUGAUGGGAGGGGGGAAGGAAGAGGCAGGUGAUGGAAAUUUGCUGAGUUGGCAUUACAAGGACUCGCCUCCCAGCCAGCCCGAGAUUUAUAUAUUUAUUUCUAUAUUUAUUUAUUUAUUUUAUGUGUGUGUGUGUGUGUGUGUGUGUGUGUGUGUGGUAGCUUCGUGGCAGCAGCUGCGGCGAUGGUCGAGCCGACGAGAAAAGUGGACGGAUCGAGUUAAAGGCUAAAGGAGACAGCUGGGGAGGGGAACCCCAGCCUGGGGGUGCACUCCAUAGACCUUCAGCCUCCCGGUGUGGGGGACAGGACCCCUCACCUUACCUGCCCUCUGCCCCCCCUAAAGGUACUUCUUCCCUCUUUCUUCACCCUCCCAUCAUCCCUGAUGCCUCUCCCUUUAUCCCGCCUCCCUUUUCCCCUUUUGGAUAUUUCCAUCCUUUAGGCUCCACUUCCACCCCUUCCUCAAGUUCCCCACCUCAACCUCCUUAACACCCCCCCCCCUCCCUUGAACUGCCCUGGGUCUCUCUGUGCUUCUCCAUCCUCCUUCUCUUCCCUUUCCCUCACUUCUCCCCUGCCCCUUGGUCCCCUUUCCUCUGUGCCACCAUGACCGUGAUGGCUGGAGAGAACAUGGAUGAGACUUCUGCGCUACCUGGCCACCCCCAGGAUAGCUACCAGCCCGCUGCCCACGAUGACCACGAGUGCUGUGAGCGUGUGGUGAUAAACAUUGCAGGACUGCGCUUCGAGACACAGUUGAAGACUUUAGCCCAGUUCCCCAACACGCUGCUGGGCAACCCCAAGAAGCGCAUGCGCUACUUUGACCCCUUGCGCAAUGAGUACUUCUUUGACCGCAACCGGCCCAGCUUUGACGCCAUCCUCUACUACUACCAGUCCGGGGGGCGGCUGCGCCGGCCCGUCAAUGUCCCCCUGGACAUGUUCUCUGAGGAGAUAAAAUUUUAUGAGCUGGGCGAGGAGGCCAUGGAGAAGUUCCGAGAAGAUGAAGGGUUCAUUAAAGAUGAGGAGAGACCCUUGCCGGAGGGAGAGUACCAGCGCCAAGUGUGGCUCCUCUUUGAGUACCCAGAGAGCUCUGGGCCGGCAAGGAUUAUUGCCAUAGUCUCUGUCAUGGUGAUCCUCAUCUCCAUCGUGAUCUUCUGCCUAGAGACAUUACCUGAGCUGAAGGAGGACAAGGAGUACACAGUGCACCGCACUGACAACACCACCCAGGUCUACAAAUCCAAUAUCUUUACAGAUCCCUUCUUUGUUGUGGAGACCCUGUGCAUCAUCUGGUUCUCCUUUGAGCUAGUGGUACGCUUCUUUGCUUGCCCUAGCAAGACUGAUUUCUUCAAGAACAUAAUGAACUUCAUUGACAUUGUGGCCAUCAUCCCUUACUUCAUCACCCUGGGCACUGAGAUGGCCGAGCGGGAGGGGACUCAGAAAGGAGAGCAGGCCACUUCCUUGGCUAUCCUGAGAGUCAUCAGAUUGGUAAGAGUCUUUCGAAUCUUCAAACUCUCCCGGCACUCUAAGGGCCUCCAGAUUUUGGGACAGACCCUCAAAGCAAGUAUGAGAGAGCUAGGUUUACUAAUCUUCUUCCUCUUCAUUGGGGUGAUUUUGUUCUCUAGUGCGGUAUAUUUUGCUGAGGCUGAAGAACCUGAGUCUCAUUUCACAAGUAUCCCUGAUGCUUUCUGGUGGGCGGUGGUAUCCAUGACCACUGUGGGCUAUGGUGACAUGUACCCUGUGACAAUUGGAGGCAAAAUCGUAGGCUCCUUGUGUGCCAUCGCUGGUGUGCUGACAAUUGCCCUGCCUGUACCUGUCAUCGUGUCCAACUUCAACUACUUCUACCACCGAGAAACCGAAGGGGAAGAACAGGCUCAGUUACUUCACGUUAGCUCCCCUAAUUUAGCAUCUGACAGUGAUCUCAGUCGCCGCAGCUCCUCCACAAUCAGCAAAUCUGAGUACAUGGAAAUCGAAGAGGAUAUGAAUAAUAGCAUAGACAAUUUUAGAGAGGCUAAUCUCAGAACUGGCAACUGCACUGUAGCCAACCAAAACUGUGUUAAUAAGAGCAAGCUGCUGACUGAUGUGUAAACAAAGAAACAAAAAUCCCAAAACAAAAUCCCCACUCGCAGCGUGAAGACUUUAGUGACACAGUCACACUUUGUAGAUGCUUUACUGAUAGUCUUUGAAUGCUUUAUUUACCUCGUAAAUGCAUUGUUGCAUUGCAAAUCUUUGCUCUGUGAUAAAGAAGCUUCCGGGAUUCAUGAAAGAUAUAAUUUUGUUUAUUUUCAAAAAACCAUUUUCCACCUGGCAAAUGAUAGCCAUUUGAACUAGUUAGUUUUAAGCUGUUAUGAUGCUAGACCUAAACUUUUCCUCCACUAUCUCCUCUUUUUUUUUCUUUUACUUUUCUUUUUUUUUUUUUGGAUAAAGUUAUUUAAACUAAGCAAGACAGUUUUUAGAGCUAUUAGGCAUAUGCAUGGAUUGCAGUAAAAAUAUUCUGCAAAACUACACAGUUGCAAGAAAGUACAUCAGAUAAUAAUAGUAAAAAAAGAUCAGCCAAAACCUGCGGCAAGCAUUUGUCAUGGUGUUUAUGAAGGAGUGCACAUUUUCCUUUUCACCCCCUCUGUGAAAGAUUCCAUCCUUACAACCUACAGAUCCAUACAGCACCUUAUUAAAAAACCUACUUAAGCCUGAACUCUUUUGCUGUCCAUAGAAGAAAUAUCCUAAAAGGAGAAUAGCAAACAAAACUGAAGACGAAACAUCUGCAAUGCUGCUAAGUCCUCUCACAUGCAGAUGAUAGAAACACACUUUUUCCCACCUCCCUGUUCGGAACUGGAUACAAAACUUUAAGCCCUUCUGUUGCAAGAUAGCACAAUGGAGUUUAAUAUAAGCAUGUUUGAAUUUGAUACUAUUUAUUUUAUGAUCGCAUGCUUGAAACAUUACCUCAGUCAAUAGCAGAUAAGCUUUCUUUUGAACUGAAUCUUCUAAAAAUAGGUCCUUUCUCCUCUCUUUUUUUGUUUCUUUUCUUUUUCUUUUUGAUUUGUGUUCACCAGAAGUGCACUCCUUAAUUUAUUCAAUCAUUGACUAGUAAUUUAAAGUACUGUAUUUAAGUGCGUAUGUUAGUCAAAUGGGAACAAUAACUUUUGGAGAUCAAAGCAUGUUCAAAUAUUCAGCAUUAUGGCCUAUUUGAUUAAAGUGUAACUUUAAUUAAUUAGUGCAUGAAUUCAAUAAUAAUAAUAAUAAUAAUAAUGAUGAUGAUAAUAACAACAAUGAUAAUAACAAUAAAAACAACAAAAAAAAGUGCUUGAUAGACUGAGGGCCUGAAUGAACUGAUUAGAGAAAUCUGAUUGUUUUCCUGCAUUGCUCAGGGAAAUGUGUUGGCUUUUGUCCAGGUGUUGUCGGAAAGGAACAUAUCCCAUCCCUUAAAGGGAAAGUUAUAUGGAAAACUAACAAAUCAAGUUAUAUAUAGCAACAGCUAAAAACCUAGUAUCCUCUAUAGAUGAAAGGUGCAGAUGCAUGCUUUUUGGUGCAUUCUCAGAAUGUAAAUGAAACUUAUCUAUUAUAUGCAUCCGAAUUGCAGCCCCUGGUUUCUUUUGCAGUCAUCAGUUGUGACUUUUUUGUAUCCCCCCCAAAAUAUGCUGAAGAGACCCAGCAGAUUGAUUGAGAGAGUUGUGCAGUGCCUUUAUCUUACAGCCCCCAAAACUGCUGAAAGUGCCUCCAGGAACUGAGUGGAUCAGAGACAUUGAGGGAAAGGACAAUGAGUCAGUCCUGUGUUGCAGGAGCGUCCUGUGCUGUCUACUGGCACAGCAUGGAAAGGUUUAGGGAUAGAAAGAUCAAGUGUGAGUGAGGGAUACAGAAGAGGCAGGCAGAGAUUACCAGUGCCCGUGGAAUACUUUCCUUCCCCAGCCAGUCUGAUGCUGCAGGGCACUGCAUUGGCUUCUGCCAAAUAACUCCUAGUUGUGUACAUGUGAGGCUUCAGGUUUCCCCGGUUUGUUCAUAGAGGCAUCACUGCCAUCACUGUAUCUGCCCUUCCUUUCUCUGAGGUGGCUCUUUGGCAGCUUGUCCCUGCAGGGCAGGCUGCAGGAGGAACAGGAGCCUGGGCAUCUCCCAGUCAGGCCAUCAGACUGGAGGACUUUGCUCUUCUUUCCCUUAGGUUCCCCAGCAGGUAGAUGGGAAAGGCUUUCCUGGGCCCUCCCAUCCCUGUCUGCUCCAUCCUCUUUCAGAUCUUAGAUCCUAUCACAGCCUUUGAGCCACAUUCUUCUUCCUGAUCUCUAAUCUUACUGUACUUCCAUCAUUUCCUGGUGAGGGAAGCAAUGCUAAGAGAAGAUAUCUUCUGCAACAUGCCAGCCUUGACUGCUAGGCCCUGGAAAAUCUGAACAAACAUAUAGGCACUAAUCUCAAUUUUUCAGAUGGACAAAGUUGAGGAUUUUCAUUCUGCACUUAGCACGUGGCCAACUGCUGUUGAACACAUCUCCUUCCGUAGUGUACAGAUCCUUUCCUCC